AUUGCUUCAUAUGAAGAUGAAAAUGUAAUUUUAGACAAACCUAUCAUCAAUUCACCCAAGGGCGAGGAAAAUAUUAAGAAUAUUCAAUUUGUUAAUAAUCUUGAAAAUUUAUCAUUACUGACAAAUACCAUCAAAGAUACUUUAUCAAAUCUAUCGAAAUCAUCCCAAUAUUCUAUAAUAAUUGAUUCGAUCAAUCCUUUACUUAUAUCAUCAUCAAAUUCUUCUACUAUUUCUUUUUUAAGAAAAUUAUCUAAUGAUUUACAAGCUACAACUUUGAUAACAGUUAAAAAUAAAAAACAAUUCAUCAAAGAUUCAUCGCCAUCAACAUCAUUGUUAGGACAUAUAAUAUCAUCAUAUAUGAAUUGUCCUUACAAUGGAAUAUGUAGCAUACAACAUAAAAAAUAUUCAGGAAAAAUAAUUUAUGAGGAUUUUCAAGAUACAAACACAACUGAUCAAAAGAUUAUUGCAAAUUUAUCAUUUGAUCUAUCAUUAACUGAGAAACAAAAGAAAGCAAAAGAAAAUGUAGUUCUUCCAUAUCUUAAAGUUCAAACUACUGAUAGUAGUUCUAAUUUCAAUACUACUGGAGGUGAAGAUUAUCAUUAUCGAUUUAUUAUUUGA